AUGGAGAAUGCCACUAUGGUGAAUGAGUUUCUUUUACUUGGACUGACCAGUAUUCAGGAGUUGCAGUCUUUCUUCUUUGUGAUUUUCUUCAUCAUUUACCUGAUAAAUUUGGUUGGAAAUGGAGUUAUAUUAGUGAUUGUUAUUUUGGAGCCAAAACUCCACUCCCCAAUGUAUUUUUUUCUAGGAAAUCUCUCUUGUUUGGACAUUUGCUACUCUUCAGUGACACUGCCCAAAGUGCUUAUAAACCUGCUCUCCACUCGGAAGGCCAUAUCCUUCCUAGGCUGCAUUGCUCAACUCCAUUUCUUCCAUUUCCUGGGAAGCACAGAGGCCAUCUUACUAGCUGUCAUGGCCUUUGACCGAUUUGUGGCCAUCUGCUACCCACUCCGCUACAUGGUCAUCAUGAAUCCCCAGGCGUGUAUUCUGCUAGCAGCUGUAGCCUGGUUUAUCAGCUUCUUUUAUGCUUUGAUGCAUUCAGUCAUGACUGCACACCUGAACUUUUGCCGUUCUCAGAAAGUCAAUCAUUUCUUCUGUGAUGUCAAGCCUCUCUUGGAACUGGCCUGCAACAACACAUUACUUAACCAAUGGCUUCUUUUCAUUGUCACCGGAGGCAUAUCCAUGGGAGCUUUCUUCCUUACUCUUCUCUCCUACUUUUACAUUAUUGGCUUCCUUCUCUUCAAUCACCGGUCUUGCAGUGUGCUCCAUAAGGCUCUGUCCACUUGUGCCUCACAUUUCAUGGUGGUAUGUCUCUUCUAUGGACCUGUGGGCUUCACAUACAUUCGUCCUGCCUCAGCCUCUUCCAUGGCUCAGGACCGGAUGGUGGCCAUCAUAUACAGUGCAGUCACUCCAGUGCUGAAUCCACUGAUAUACACCCUAAGGAACAAAGAAGUGAUGCGGGCUCUUAAGAAAAUCUUUAGGAGGAAGUUUUUGCUUGCAGACUGCCAGUAG